UGAUAAAACCAACUAUUUUAUGACUUAGAGUUUAAUAGUUCUUAAAAAAAUUUAAUAUUUAUUACUUAAUUUAAAUUUUUGAAUAAUGGAGGUUGAUUCAGAUUCUUCAUUAUCUUCUGAAGAUUCUAACGACGAAGAAUAUGAAAACUUUAAACAAGAGGAACUUAAGAAGAAAGUGGAUGUUUUAGAGAAUAGAAUUCUCAAUAAUUCAUCAGAUUAUGAUGCAUAUGUUGAACUAAUAUCAAUACUCCGUGAAGCUAAUAAUUUAGAAGAAGUUCGUAAAGCUAGAUUAAAACUUAAUGAAAAAUAUCCUUUAAGUGCAAAGUUAUGGUUAGAUUGGAUUAAAGAUGAAAUUGGUAUUGCUACAACUGAAGAAGAAAAGAAUCAUGUUGUUAUGUUAUGUGAAAAAGGAAUUAAAGAUUACCUAAGUAUAGACUUAUGGUUAGAAUUUGUACAAUUCAGUAUUGGCUGCAUGACAGAUAAUACUGGAACAGAAACUACUAGACAACUAAUGGAAAGAGCUUUAACAGCUGGUGGUUUACAUGUACCCAAUGGCAAUGUCCUUUGGGAAGUUUAUAUUGUAUUUGAAAAAUUAAUUUUAGAUUCUUUAAAACAAAAUUCUGAUGAAAAAGCUAUAAUAGAACAAAAGCGUCGAAUCAAUAAUUUGUAUAAACGACAAUUGUCGGUACCUCUUUUUGAUAUGGAAAGUAAUUUUAAUGAAUAUAAAGAGUGGUUACUUUCUGAAGGAUUAGAAGAAGAUAAAGCUAUAGAAGAUAGUUAUAAACGGGCACUUAAUAAAUUACAACAAAUUCAAGUAUUUGAAGAUAAUUUACUUUCAAAAGAAAUUUCUGAACGUUUAAGUUCUUAUAUGGAAUAUAUAAACUGGGAAAAAAAUCCAAAAGAAGGAGGUAAUAAACCUAAUAGAAUUAUUUGUUUAUUUGAACGAGCAAUAGCAGAUCUUCCUCUUGAACAAUCACUUUGGGCAGACUAUAUUGAUUAUAUAGUAACUACUAUCAAAGAAGCAGAGACUAUAUUAAUCAUUUGUAAAAGAUCUAUAGCUAACUGUCCAUGGUCUGUUAUUCUUUGGUGUACAUACUUAAUACAAGCUGAAGUUCACAUGUGUCCUCACGAGGAAAUAACUGCUAUUAUGGAAAAAGCAUUAUGUUCGUGGUUUAGUUCAGCAGCUGAUUACAGAUCAUUAUAUUUAACUUAUAUAUAUUAUCUAAGACGUAGACUAAAUGAUACUGAUUCUGAAACUAAAGGGAAAAGAAUCCAAGAUGUAAGAUCAAUGUUAGAAAAUGCUCAGAAAUAUCUUAUAGAUGGUUAUGGUUUUGAAGGGGAUCCAUCUUGUGAGUUACUUUUAUGGUGGACUGAUUUUGAAGCCAUUAUAACAGGAGAUAUGGAACGCGUUCGAAAAAUGUGGAAUGAUAUUCUUAGUGCUGGACACAACCAGUCCUCUGCAUAUUGGAUUAAAUAUCUGAAUUUAGAAAUGCAAUAUGGUGAUCCAAAACAUGUAAGGAAAUUAUUUACAAGAGCAUUAAUGACUAAUACUGAUUCACCAGAAACUAUUGGUGUUGAAUGGAUAAAAUACGAAUCUUUGUAUGGAGAUUUAGAUAGUAUGUUAAAUUGCCAAGAAAAAUUCAAAUCAAAAAUGAAACAAGUUCAAGAAACUAGAGAAAAAGAACAAGUAGAAAGUAGAAGUGGAACUAAAGUUAAAGAAGCCAAAAAGAGAAAAUGGGAAGAAAAAGAAUCCAAAACAACCACCCAAGAGGAAAAUUUUAAUGGUAAUUUUAAAGUACCAUAUAGCACGAAACAAGAGAAAGAUUUUGAGCCAUCACCUGAAAAGAAGUCUAGAAUAGAAACAACCUUAGAUAAAGGAAGAUUUGUAGAAAUAGAAGGUAAAGAACACCGCUCAGUAUUUGUCAGUAAUUUAGACUUUGCUGUUACUGAAUCAGAGGUUAAAGAUGCAUUGUCAAUAAUUGGACCAUGUGAAGUACAACUUGUGAAAGAUUUUAGAAAUCGUUCUAAAGGAUUUGGCUAUGUACUUUUUGAAAACACAGAUACGGCAAUACAAGCCUUAAAAAAAGAUCGUACACUUGUUAAUAACAGACCUAUGUUUAUAUCAAAGUGUGAACCUGACAAACAAAGUAGAACAGCAGGACUACGUUUUACCACUCGACUUGAGAAAAAUAAGUUAUUUGUUAAAGGCUUGCCUUUUAGUUGUACAAAAACAGAUUUAGAAAAUAUUUUUAAAGAAUACGGAACAUUAAAAGAUAUUCGUAUUGUAACAUUUAGAAAUGGACAUUCUAAAGGAUUAGCUUAUAUUGAUUUUGAGGACGAGGUGUCUGCUGCUGCAGCUCUUUUAAAAACAGACAAUAUGGUAAUCCAAAACAAAACAAUAUCAGUAGCCUUAAGUCAGCCACCUGAUAGAAAAAAUAUUUCUGAAUAUAAGUCAUACCCCCCACCAUCAAGAUUUAAUUCUAGCAUAUCAAAUUCUAAUCCUUUUCCUGUGCGUCGGGACACUGCUCGUACAAAAUUAUCCUUGUUGCCUAGUGUUUUACAAAAAUCUAUUCAAGGAACAACUACUCAAAGUUCAAAACCAACUGGUGAUAAAUCUGCUUUGAGUAAUAAUGAUUUUAGAAAAAUGUUGUUGAAUAAUAAGUAAAUCUUUUGUUUGCUAUCAAAUUCCAAUUUUUCCAAUUAUUUUCUUAUAAUUAAGUAUUUAAAAAAAUUACCUUAUUUUUAAAUUUCAUACUGUUCUAAUAUAAACAUAUAAGAUGUCAUUGUCAUUUCUUUUGUCUUAAAAUAAUAAGUUAUAUUAUUGUA